UCCUGGAAUCUGCGCAGGCGCGGAUGCUCCGCCUGCAGCUGCCAGAUCUCCACAUUUCCCGCAGGUUUGACAGAGCUGCAGCCACUAGGUGUGUGUCCGCUGGCGGCCGGAGAACAGGGCACCUUCUUCUACAUUGAAAUGCGCUAAAUUCAUAUCGGUUUGACGCGGAAACAUUCGGAUUACCUGUUAUUUUUGCAUACCUUUUUCAUAUUUAUGUUCUGCUGUAUGUUAUCUGACCUCUGACCCCUGACCCCUCACCCAUGGAACUCUACAGUGACAACGCUCUCUGCCCAGUGGAAUACAAACUCUGAGAUGAAGAGGGCGCGGCCCUGCAAUCAGCGCCAUCCCAUUCUAACCCAACACUCAGACACCUGUGUGUUGCUCCGCCCUCUCCUCCUGCCCAAGGCUUUGGUCCCGCCCCCCUGGCCCACGGGGCUGCUGUGAUGCAUGUUAUGAAUAGCCUGUCUCUGGCCAAUGAGAAACAGAACUGCAGUGGCGAGGGCCGAGUCGCCAACCCCACGCCGAUGCCCCCUCUCGUGAGCGCCCCCGUCUCCGGGAAUGACCCCGGGGACGGCCCUCCCCCUCCCCCUCCCCCGCCGCCGCCCCCUCCGGCUGUCCCCCCUCCCCCGCCGCCCCCUCCCCCGGGCACGAUGAGCCCCGUCUCCGGCCAGCGCAAGAAGAAGCGGGUCCGCAGCUUCUUCUGGAAGACCAUCCCAGAGGAGAAGGUGCGGGCCAAGCCCAACAUCUGGACGCUGGCCUCGCGGCAGCAGCAGCAGUACCAGAUCGACGCGCGCACCAUCGAGGAGCUCUUCGGCCAGCAGGAGGAAGCCCGGCACGCGGCCGCCGGCGCCCGCAACCAGCCGGGCGGCCCCCGGGGGUCCCUCAAGGAGACCAAAGAGGAGAUCUGCAUCCUGGACGCCAAGAGAGGCAUGAAUGUGGGAAUCCUCCUCAAGCAGUUCAAAAAGUCCAACCGGGCCAUCAUCGAUGACAUUCACCAGGGCAACAGCACGCCGUUCGGCUCGGAGCCCCUGAAAGAGCUGCUGAAGAUGCUGCCCGAGCCGGACGAGGUGAAGAAGCUCCGAGCGUUCCACGGAGACGCCAGCCGCCUUUCCCUGGCCGACUCCUUCAUGUACCUCUUAAUCCAGGUGCCAAGUUUCGACGUGCGCAUUGAAGCCAUGGUGCUGAAGGAAGAGUUUUUCCCUCUCUGCUCUGCGCUGAGUCACGAGAUCGAUGUCGUGCGUGAGGCGACGAAAGAGCUGAUGGGCUGCGAGGAGCUGCAUGCCAUCCUCCACCUGGUGCUGCAGGCGGGCAACAUCAUGAACGCGGGGGGCUACGCCGGCAACGCCGUGGGCUUCAAGCUGUCGUCGCUCCUCUCGCUGGCGGACACCAAGGCCAACAAGCCGGGCAUGAACCUGCUGCACUUCGUGGCUCUGGAAGCCCAGAAGAAGGACGAGAGCCUGCUGAAGUUCCCUGAGAAGCUCCCCCACGUCCAGAGAGCAGCUCGGGUGUCGGUGGAGAACAUCGAAGCGGAGUUCCACUCGCUGUACGGCAGGACGCGGUCCCUGGGGGAGAAGAUCCAGAAGGAUGCAGACCUGCAGCAGCAGCUGGAUCACUUCCUGCAGGAAUGGGCGAGGGCCCUGCAGGACCUGAAGAAGCGCAGGCUAGACCUGCGGCAGGAAGGCAACGCUCUCAUUGACUUCUUCUGCGAGGACAAGGACAACUUCAAGCUGGACGACUGCUUCCGCAUAUUCCAGGACUUCUGCCUCAAAUUCAAAAAGGCCGUGCAGGACAACCUGGAGCGGGAGAUGAAGGAGGCGGCGCGGCAGCGGCGUCUGCGGGAGCUGGAGGAGAAGCGGCACUCGUGGGCGGGCAGCGCCGAACAGGGCGGGGUGUUCGGCCGCAGCAGCAGCGAGAACGACGUGGAGACGCUGACCCGGGAGGGCCUGCUGGACUUCCUGCAGCAGCGGCCCAGCAGCCCGCACAGCCCCCUGGGCCGCUCGUCCAGCGCCCGACGCCACCGCCACAGCGGGGCCGCCACCGCCGCCGAGCGGGAGCUUCAGAGCUACCUGGAGCGGACGGCCGCCGCCGACAGCGGACGCUUCGGCAGCCUCCCCCGCCCCGGCCGCCCCGCACACAGAGCCCCUGCCGGGGGCCGCGCCGACCCAGCCCCCGGGGGCCUGCCGGUGACCGUGACCCCACCCGCGGAGCCCCGGCCCGUCUUUCACAUCAGCCCCGAUACGAACGCGGACCCUCACCUCAACAACAACCACCUCGCUCCGCCCGCAGGGGGCACACCUGAGAGCGGUACGGGCCACAACAGGAACUCCUUCCAGAGGACAGCAGGCACCACCUGUGGGCAGAUGAGCGUGAGUGUGGAGAGGCACACUUUGGUCCCCAGGCUCCAGCCAUUCGACUUCGUCACAUCUAACAACGACAAUAACAACAACAUGCGCUUAGCCAACCAGGGAGACCUUAUUGUUACUGAUUUGGAGGCGGAAAGAGAUCCUACGAAACCUCCAGUUUUGGACACCCCUCCUUCCAGCGUGAGCUCGGAACCAGCGAGAAGUUCUGUGACAGGACAGGAGAGUAAUACGGACUCUUCCUGCUACCAAGAGAAGCAGGAGCGCAGCACGGUUACCUCAGUGACCUGUGACCUCCCUCUGCCUCUGGAUAACUCCACACCCAACAGGCAGGCGGUCUCUCACCUGCUGGACUCCACAGACACAGACUGCUCUGUGAUCCUGGACUACUCUGAAACAGACUCCCCUGUUUCAAGGGGAGCUGGAAGCAUCGCUGCUGACUCUAGAACACAGGGGAACAACGGUCAAGGUAAUCUGAAUGACCAGAGCUCAGCUUCUUUGAACCUUGAGUCUGUAUCCACCAGUGAGCACUCAGUUUCUAUGUCCACCAAUGAGCACUCAGUGUCUGUGUCCACCAAUGAGCCCUCAUUGUCUGUGUCUACCAAUGAGUUCUCAGGCUCUCUACCCACCAAUGACCAGGUAGGGUCUCCAUCCACCAAUGAGCACUCAGCGUCUACAUCCAUCAAUGACCAGUCAGCAUCUCAAUCCAACAACCAGUCAGUGUCCCCACCCAACAAUGACCAAUCAGUUGCUACAUCCACCAGUGAUCCCCCAGUGGUCCCCCCCACCAGCAAUGACACAGGCAAGGGUAAACAAGUAACAGAGAAGCCAGCGCAGGUCAAAGACACCAAAACUCCCCAACCAAAAACCAAGCCCACUCCCAAAACCUCUGGCCCUGGAAACAGCACGGGGGCCCGGUCAGUCAGGACGCUGACCGCCUCGGAGAACCAGAGCAUGCGCAAGGUGGUGCCCAUCUCGAGGCUGAACCGCUCCACCAGCACGGCCAGCAGGGCGGAGAGGGCGGCGGGGCAGGAGGGCGUGCAGCGGUCACCCCGCGACCAGAGCACCCCGGCCAGGAGGACCGAGCCGCCGCACAGGGCGCCCCGCCGAUCCAGCCUCCCCGCCGAGGACCCCAAGGCCCCGAGGGCGUCCCGUGCCGCCCCGGACCAAACCACGCGCCAGCCGUCCUUCAGAAAGCCCACUGCCAAGCCCGUGCGGAUCGUCCCCAAGCCGCCGCCCGAGGAGAAGAUGUGCCGCUCCACCAUGCGGGCCCUGGCCCUGGCCCAGGCGGCGUCUGAGGCCGCCGGCGGUGGCGGCGGCGGCGUCCCCCAGACGGCCACCCACGGCGCCAAGGCCUCGCCCGGCAUCCCCAGCUUUGCCCGCAACACGGUGGCCUCUUCAUCCAGGAGGAUGAGGAACGACCCCGGCCCCAGCUCCACCCCUCCCACCCCCUCCCGAAACAGCCCCCUCAACCGCGCCGGCUCCCUGAGGCAUGCGCCCAACAGGGUGGCCCCCGCGAGUGGCCAGCACGCGCCGGGAGGCGGGGAAAAGACGCAGGCUCUGCUGGGGAGGGGUCAGAGUGUGAGAAGCUCCACCAGGAGUGCCCACCUCGGUGAAACCCUGCCCUCAACCAGAGACCACGCCCGCAAGAACAGCAGCAGCCUCUCUGAUAAGUCUGUCCACUCCAAGGACUCUUCCUCCAGCAGAACACUCAGACCCACAUGGAAAUGACUGUCAACAGAUCCUGCUGUCUGGAAAAUCAUUUAACUUAAUGAAGUUUAGAAUUGUAUUUUCGUUUUGUUUAUUUAACGUCCUGCUUCGGUAGGUAAUAUUGUAUACUUCUACUGAACCAUGGCUAUACAAAGGAAUUUAAAAUGCUUCCUGGUGUUGUCGUCCUGGAAAUGUUAUUUUUUGUACAAUAAUCAAUGUAGUACACCUCUUCCCAUAAGGAGCAUUUUCAACGCCAUGGUUAACAUCAGCUAGAUAAUGUAUUCAAAACGCUCAUGCAAUUACUCUCUGCUGCAGAGAAUACGCAUUGUGCUGACCUGGGGUUUACUGAAAUCCCUGUUUUCUUCUUUUCUGACGAUCUUCCGAGGAAGAGAGUAGACAAAUGGCAUGCCUUUCCUAAAGUGGUACUGCCUGCUGUACCUUAUUUGUAAUGAAGUGUAAAAAAAAACAAAACACUACUGAACAUAUUCUAAUGCUGCUGACCAGCUGUGACAAUUCCAGAGUUAGUGUUUCCAUUCAGGGUCCUUGUUGCUCUUUCAGAGUUGUUAUAACAGUCUCUCUGUUUGUCGCUGUUCUUUGUGAUUCUAGAUCUUUCCUUUGCAAAGCCAUAAACUGCAACCAUUCUCUCUCAGACACCAAGCACUGCUAGUGUUGAGAUACACCCUCCAAAACAGAUAAUGCAUUCCUCUUGUCAUUGUGUGACUGUAUUUUAUCUGUCGACCUGUAGUGUUCCCUGUUUAUAAUUGGGCAGUUUUAAAUACUUAGGAACACAUCCAUUGUAAUAUGGACAAAACUUGUACACACCUUGAAAAAUCUAUUUUUGUGCAUAUGCUAUAAAUUGAGGAAUA